AUGGAAGGUUGCAAGACUUGUGACCCUUGCCUUUGUGUUGGAGACCCCAAGAACAAGGAUGUAGACACAGAGCUGAGGAAUGCAGUGGAAAUAAGUGACAGACAAAAUUUCAACUUCCUUGAUGUUGGCUUGAACAACGGCUGCAUCACUCCAGAUGGAGAGAGGGGUAUUUGUGGGCCUCUGAGUCAGUGUCGUGGGUAUGCUCCUUUCUUUAAUCAACUGAGACAGCUAAAUGUUAUCCGUUUCUUAAGGAGUCGCAUAUGCAGAUUCUUGCCGCGGACAGUGCAUGUGUGUUGCCCACAAGCCAGACCCAUCAUGCCACCCAUUUCUGGUCCUCCACGCAGACCCAACCCUGGUACCGGUGGGCCGGCUUCUUUAUCCAACAAUCCCCUUAUCCCGUCGGAGAGUAUCUGCGGUGUUCCCACUGCUGGUAGGGUUGUUGGUGGCGUCACAGUCGAAUAUCCUGGUCGGUGGCCGUGGCUGGCGGCUGUAGGGUUCAGACAAGCUGGUGGCAACUUCCAAACUGACUGUGGUGGCACACUCAUUACUCGUCACCACGUACUCACCGCAGCACAUUGCUUUGAUGAACCUGGCAAGAGAGACCCAGAGGACGUUCGUCUCGGUGAAUUCAGUCUGUCCCGCUCAAAUGAUGAUGCAUCCCCGCAAGACUUCCGGAUUGUAAGCCGCCGGGACAAUGGUUACAACCGAAGGACUAAGGAAAAUGAUAUCAUGCUCCUUAUCCUGGACCGUGACGUCCAGUUUAAUGACUUGAUCAAGCCAGCGUGUCUGCCUUUCAACGAGCGCAACAAUAACUUUGAUGGCCAAAGCCUCACCGUUGUUGGCUGGGGGAGGACAUCUUUUGAGAGCAGAACACUCUCAGAUGUGCCAAUGGAGGCUCAAGUACCGGUGGUGAACAGCAGAACUUGCAGCACAGCUUACCAGGGAGUUCAGGGCGACCGUCCUGUGGUGGACCAUAGACAUCUGUGUGCGGGCUCAGCCAGCACCGACUCUUGUAGCGGUGACAGCGGUGGACCUCUGAACUACAGGGCUCCUAGUGGCAGGUAUUAUAUAGCUGGAAUCGUAUCCUUCGGUGUGGGAUGCGCUCGACCAGAAUUCCCAGGCGUGUACACACGAGUGAGCGCUUUCCUCGACUGGAUCGUCAACAAUGUGCAAUAAUACACAGGACGUUGCUGUUGUACGUCAUAGUUAACCUCAAUAUUCCUGUGAUAUAUGAAAUUUUACAGAAUUGUCAUUCAUUUAUUUUUUAAUGGCACAUUCAGGUAUAAUUCUAAGAAGACUGAGCACAUUUUGUGUUUGUGAUGUAGGGAUUAUUAUUAUAAUCAAGGGGGAGCACUAAACCCGUAGGAUUAUGUAGCGCCUGUGGAAGGGGGAGAGGAUACGGAAGGUAUUCAGGCUUAAUUCAGGGAACUGGAGCACAGACCCAAUUCCCUAGAUCAAGAUCCCCUCACCAGCAUCAAGAAACCUUCUUUGAGGGGUGUGAUGUAGGGAGAAAAGGAGAGCCUCGCUAGAAGCAGUGGAGUUUGAGCACAGUUAUUGGGAUUGGAGUUCUUACGCCAAAGAUGUUGUAAAAGCAGUGCCCGGUCACAAACAUCCUCUUGCAUCCUAAGGCUUAAAUUUGAAUGUCAAAAUAUCAUGGCACAAUAUCAUGAAACUUUUCGGCCCGUUCUGACUUUUUCCAGGACAGAAAGUAUCAUUUCUUAAAUUGAGUUUGCUGUGAAUUCCCAUUAACUUGAACAUUUUUGUCCUAGACUGUACAUAGAAAUAAAAAUAAAUAUAUGUUUAAUUUGUCAAGUGUCUGAACAUUCGUCCAGCAGUGUGAAUGUUAAUAUUUUAACCUUUUCAGUUUUAUAAUAGUCCAGCUGAUGUCAAAAAAGUUACACUUAAGAGUUUGAAUGAGAUGCUCUGGCAUGAAGUUUUCUAGGAGAGUAGAGAAUGAAAGGAAAUGACGAAUAUACAUCUCAGUAAUGGAUCUCUGGGCUAAAUGGAGUUAAUGUGGAAGAUGUAUAUGUAUGUUGUGUCGUUCAGUUUAUUUCGCCAUGAAUUGAAAACUUAAUUACAAUUACUUUCAUUGACUGCAAGGCUUUAGUUUUCCUUCUUGAUAUUUAUUUUCAACUUAGUAUUUCUAUUUCGUGAGCAUUAUAAAAAGUAAGUUAAAGUACUGUGGAUGGAACAAUUUACAAUUAGUCCACAAUAUAGAGGAAUCUUUAAGCUACGUUUUAGUCUGCCUUGGAACAUUAUCACUUCUGUGAUAAAUGGAAACCUCUAAAAUUUCUCCGAACUGUUAGUUAUGAAUUGUGUGCAUUAUUUUUGUACACGUUAUUAUAAUUACAUUUCUUUUUGUAAAUGUUAGGUUUAUUAUGCAUUAUUUUUUGGUGUAACUACUCUGCAUUAUAAACUGGAGAGGUUGUAAAGCCAAGAGAUGUAAACAAUUAAGAUACAUAAGCAGUUAAAUUUUAUUUAUAAAUAAAUUAGACAUUGUUAAUAA